UAUUUAAUAAACUAAUGGUGCCUGCACUGUGUACAAGCUCAUAUAUUAGAGCACCUGACUCUUCCUCAAUGCUAAACCAGCUAAUUAAUUAGGCAGAUGGUCUUCUUGAGCCAUCUCCUUGUUUCCAGAAAUGAAGACUUCCUCACAACCGAAAAUCAUGGCAUCCCAAGAAGAAAAAGCACCUUCCACCAAAGCUGCUUCUUCACAGCAUUCAUUUCAACUCAUUCCAAUUAUACUCCUCCUUAUGUUGGCUUCUUCAGAUUCAGCAGCAAAAGCAGAAGUUGUUGGCCAAGAAGCAGAAGCUCUUCUGAAAUGGAAAGCUAGCCUUGACAACAAUACAAGCAGACUCUCUCCUUUGUCUUCCUGGACUGGAAACAGUAAUUGCAAUUGGGAUGGCAUUUCUUGCAACAGUUUCGGAAGCAUAACACAAAUAAACCUCACUUUUUCUGGCUUAAGAGGUACACUUCAUGCUUUUAAUUUCUCAGCUUUCCCAAGUCUCAUGAGCCUAAAUUUAAGCCACAACGCGAUUUUCGGAACCAUCCCGUCGGAGAUAGAGUUUCUGAAAAGCCUUCAAAUCCUUGAUCUUUCUGGAAACAACAUCAAUGGGUCCAUUCCACAUGAAGUUGGAAUGUUAGGCAACUUAACCAUUCUGUCCCUUAAAGACAACAAUCUCUCUGGAAAUCUCCCUACAGAAAUAUGCAUGCUGAAUUCACUGAGUGUGAUCAAUGUAGCAGAUAACAGUCUCAUGGGUUCGAUUCCAGAAGCAAUUGGAAACCUGAUUAGCCUCAAGGAGUUGUAUCUGAUGGGAAAUCAAUUAAUUGGAAAUAUCCCACCUGAAGUAGGAAAGCUCAAAUUUCUUACUCAUUUGGGAUUGGUUGGUAACAAACUCAAUGGCUCUCUUCCUUCAGAACUGAAUAAUUUUACAUUUUUAAAGUGGUUGGCGUUGAGUAACAACAACUUUUCUGGCAGCAUUCCCCAUGAUAUAUGCAUCAGCGGAGCACUCGAAUUGUUUACAGCACACAACAAUCAGUUGACAGGCCCCAUGCCUAGAAGCUUGAGGAACUGCACCAGCUUAGUUAGACUGAGGCUUGAGAGGAACCAGCUGACAGCAAACAUAGCUCAAGAGUUUGGCAUUUAUCCUAAACUAACUUAUGCCGAUUUGAGUUACAACAGAUUCUAUGGAGAGCUUUCAGAAAACUGGGAGCAGUGCCAAAGUUUACAAAGCUUGAGGCUCAGGAACAACAGAAUUUCCGGGGGGAUACCUCGGCUUGAGGGAUCAGUUCCGCUCAAUGUGCUCGACCUAUCUUCAAAUAAUCUCACAGGGACAAUCCCAAAGGAACUAUGGAAGUUGACAACCUUGUUCGACCUUAACCUAGGUGAUAACCAACUUUCAGGCAGCUUGCCCUCGGAGAUUGGAAUGCUAACCAAUCUACAACAUCUUAACUUAGCAGCCAAUGAUUUCAGUGGACUAAUUCCGGAGAAAUUAGGCGGGUGCACAGAGUUGUUGAACUUGAACUUGAGCAGAAACAGAUUUAGUGGGAGCAUUCCUUUUCAGAUGGGGAGCAUAAACACUCUUCAAGUUCUUGAUCUCAGCCAAAAUUCACUGAUGAGUGAAAUCCCACCACAGCUUGGGAAUUUGAUGAAGUUGGAAGCCUUGAAUCUCUCUCACAACGAGCUCUCUGGUUCGAUCCCAUCUACAUUCAGUAACAUGUUGAGCUUGACAACAGUUGACAUAUCAUACAACCAUUUGGAGGGUCCCCUUCCCAACAACAAAGCGUUCCAUGAGGCGUCGUUUCUAGCUUUUGCGAAUAACACAGGCUUGUGUGGCAAUGCUACCGGUUUGAAUGUUUGCCCGUCCAAAACAAAGGAGGAGAAAAAGAGCAGAAAAUCAGUUAUCUUCAUCGUACUCCUUGUUUUAAGCAUCCUGUUUUUUGCAAUUGGGGUAACUGGGGUUCUUUGUGUGGUCUGCUGUCGGCGGGAAGGGCAAUCAAAUGAAGACCAGUUUACGGUUUGGAGCUGUGAUGGACGACUUGAGUACGAAGAUAUCAUUGAAGCCACAGAGGAAUUCGACUCCAAAUAUUGUGUGGGGGUGGGAGGCAAUGCAACUGUUUAUAAAGCUGAGCUCCCAACAGGUCGGAUUGUUGCGGUGAAGAAACUUCACAUGCUGCAGGAUAGUGGAGUGGCAAACCUCAAGGCUUUCGAGAGUGAGGUUCGUACUCUUUCAGAGGUUCGUCACAGAAACAUUUUGAAGCUUUAUGGUUUCUGUUCGCAUCCACAGCACCCUCUUUUGUUGUACGAUUACGUAGAAGGAGGAAGCUUGGAAAACAUACUGACCGACGAAAACCAUGCGGUUAAGUUUGGAUGGAUCGAGAGGGUGAAUGUUGUCAAGGAUGUUGCUAAUGCAUUGUCUUAUAUGCAUCAUGAUUGUUCACCUCCGAUAGUACAUCGAGACAUUUCGAGUAAGAACAUCUUGCUGGAUUUGGAAUAUCGAGCUUAUGUCUCCGAUUUUGGUACAGCUAAGCUCUUGAAUCUUGAGACUUCAAAUUGGACUUCGUUUGCAGGCACAUUCGGAUACAGUGCUCCAGAGUUAGCAUACACAAUGGAAACGAACGAGAAAUGCGAUCUUUAUAGCUUUGGAGUGGUUGCACUAGAAGUGAUCAUGGGAAAGCAUCCCGGAGACCUCCUCUCCUAUUUUUUGUCAUUGCCAUUAACAUCAACACCCGAACCUAUGAAACUGAACGACAUCUUAGAUAAGAGGCUCCCGCCUCCAGAAAACCAUGUCGUUGAAAAAGUGAUCACCGUUGCAAACCUUGCAUUUGCGUGCUUUCGGACGAAUCCCCAAUCUCGGCCAACCAUGCAACAAAUUUCCCGCGAGUUGUUAUGAAGAGAGUAAUACAGUUCCCGCAAAUCAAGCAGAUAAAACUGUCAUUAGAACGUGAUCUCUUGCUUUUCACAAUUCACUCGUUUCAUUUAUUUACUGUUUUAUUGUAUUUACUUGCCUUCUAUGACUUUACGUAGUUAGUUGUGUGUGUGUAUAAUCUUUGAGAAUACAACAAUCAUCGAGUCAAUUAAUCCAAAUACACUUAGCCUCUCCUA